GGUAUAACUAUCCCUUCAAAUUCAUUCUAGAAAAGAAAAUGGCUGCCAUAAGGCGAGCGUGCUGCGAAAUAACGCAGAGGAACUGCAAUAAGAGUGUUUUGACAUCUUACAGUACACAAAAGAACUACAGUAAUGAAGUUUCCUCGACACAGAGACAGCACGUUUUGCUCCUGACAAAAUGUCCGACUCAUCGUAACUGCAUCGAUGUCAUUGGAUAUGCAUCUGUUCGACCCUUCCAUACCAGUACACGAUUAUCAAAGCGAAAUUUCUAUGAUGUACUUGGUGUGCCAAAGAAUGCUGAUGCUAAACAAAUUAAAAAGGCUUAUUAUCAGCUUGCCAAAGAGUAUCAUCCUGAUGUUAACAAAAAUGAUGCCAACGCUGCAUCAAAAUUCCAGGAGGUAUCUGAAGCCUAUGAGGUUUUAAGUGAUGAAAGCAAGAAAAGGCAAUAUGAUACAUUUGGGACAACAACUGAUGCAGGUGGGAGGGCAGAUCCUGGAGCAGGGUUUGGACAACAGGGAGGUUUCCAAGGUUUUCACUCUUCUGACCCUGAAGAGCUCUUUCGUAAAAUAUUUGGAGAUGUUUUUGGAAAAGGUUUUGGUAACAGUGGUGGAGUUGACUAUGAAGAAUCUAAAUAUGGAUUUGCACCGGCAUCGGAGGUCAUGAUGGACCUUACCUUCUUGGAAGCUGUGAGGGGCUGUAAUAAACAGAUGCAUAUGAAUGUUGCUGACACGUGUCCGAGGUGUAAUGGCCGCAAAGCAGAACCAGGUUCCAAGGUUGAAAGCUGUACCCAAUGCAAUGGCACUGGAAUGGAAACCAUCAACACAGGACCCUUCAUGAUGAGGACAACAUGUCGGCGCUGUAUGGGUAAGCGCACAGUCAUCAGCAAACCUUGUAUGGACUGCCGAGGCAAGGGAAGAAUCGUGCUGCGGAAGAAAGUGAUUGUGCCUGUUCCUGCAGGUGUUGAAGAUGGUCAGACAGUGAGAAUGCCUGUAGGCCAACAGGAGGUGUUUAUAACUUUUAAGGUUGCAAGAAGUAGAGAUUUUAAGCGAGAAGGUGCUGAUAUUCAUAGUGACAUUACUAUAAGUCUUUCCCAAGCUGUUUUAGGAGGUACUAUAAAGAUUCCUGGUGUGUAUGAAGAUGUACUUCUAAAGAUACCCGAGGGAAGCCACUCCCAUAAUAGAAUCAGGCUGUCUGGAAAGGGUGCUGCCCGCGUAAACAGCUACGGACGGGGUGACCAUUACAUCCAUCUAAAAAUACAAGUACCCAAAUCAUUAACAGACACACAGAAAGCUUUACUGUUGGCUUUUGCUGAAACAGAAAAAGGAGUGAAAGGUACCAUCAAUGGAGUGGUGGACACAGAUAUAGGUUUGUGGGCUGUCGAGGACAAAGAUGGUGGUUUGCUGACCGAGAUCAAAGCUAUUCUGGAUAAGAAAAAUAUCAAAAAGUACAGUUCCAGUACAGAGAAGACAAAAGAGGAAGAUACUGCAGAAAGCGAAAAGAAAACAACUAAACUCCAAGAUAAUGAAAAUAAGGAGAAAGUGGAGGCAAAUACAGAAAAGAAAUUGAACAAAAGUAAAGGCAAGGAAAAGCCAGAAAACAGCAAUGAAAGUAAGAACACAAAAUCACCAGUAGACGACAGUGAUGAUGAAAAUGAUGGUAAAAGUGGUGUGAGAAGUUCGUGUUGAUGUACAAUGGUCCUCCUACCACACGCGGUUGAUUGAUAAAUACAUUGGGAAGCCAACCAAAAAGCUGAUUCUACUUUAAUGCUAAAGGGUUGGUUUGGAUGUGAAGCAAGUCUUGCCUAAGGUACCUGGACAUUGGAUGUCAACUUUGCAGAACUCGUGCAUACCCGGACGUGCAUGGUGUCAGAACUCCACAGAAAUCUUACAAAUGUGGGAUAUAUGAUUGCAAAUCUGCCAGGUUCUUACAUACCUGGACAUGUAAGACGUUAACUCCACAGACUUAUACUUGGGUUUAGGAUGUCAACUUUACAGAACUCUUAAAUACCUAGACAUGUAUGGUGUCGAACUUGAAGAAAUCUUACAAAUGUGGGAUAUAGGAUGUCAACUCUGCAGAACUCUUACAUGUCUGGAUGAAGGACGACAAAUCUGCAGAACACUUGCACAGUUGGAUGAGAUUUAUAGUGAAGGAUGAGUUAUGGCUGUAUUUUUGAUUUUCCUAAAAUAGUUUUGUUACCAUGUUGUGACUUUCAGGAAUCACAUGAAAAAGAAUUACAUUGAGCAAAUACUGGAAAGGUUGGUUGGGUGUAUGUUUGAGAGGGACUAUCAUGUGUAAUUAAUGUUCACGUCAAGUGUUUAUAACCACAAUCUGAUACACCUAAAUACAUGUAGAUAUAUUCUGUACUGUACACAUUUAUGUGUUAAUUGAGAAGCACUUUUACAGUGGAACAACAUUAAUCAUAAAAACGUAAAUGGAACCUGAUUUAGUCAUACUGAAGAAUUAUGUAUACUAUGGAUUUAAAUUUUGAUUUUUUGCAGUUCAUGCACCAUUUUUUCUGCUAUCAAAUCUGUUAUUUAUGGAAAUGAACAUACAUUAAGGUUAUAUUAGGGGAGUAUUUCUCGGAAGGGAGCAUUGAAUGUGUGAUGAAUGUGUAGCAUGUUACAUAACAGAACAUACUUGUUUACGUGUGCAUCAAUGGAUACAGUCAGUACAUUUGCAGUGAAACCAUGAUUGACUCGGACAUUGUAAAAACAUCCUGUAACUCCUUAUAACAUUGAGUUAGGUAGUACUAACCUGAAUGUGCUGUAAUUGUUAUUGAUUGCGUGAGUUUGUUGUGAAGAUGUUAGUCGAGAUAAACUGUGAUAUCAUAGUCUGUAUCAUAUAUUGUACGUCCUAGUUUUAUUUAUCACAUUGCUGCAUGGAAGGAGACAACUAGUGUAUUUUACGAUCAUUAAUUAUCACAAGAGCCGAUUUAAUCAAAUACUUACUGUGUUGCUGUAUCUAUGAAAUUUUGUGACAAGUUAUUCCAGUUAUAAAUAAAGGGGGCAGUAGGGAGGCACAAAUAAUUGAUAACCUAUGGGUGGCCGUAGGAUCUUAAAUUGAGGAUUGAAAACUUUUAAAGUCCCCCUCUGGAAAAGUUAGUGGUCGACACCUAACCUUACCAUAUAUUUAUAUUCCAGAACAACUUGGAGAUAUGCAGUAGAUUCGGGUAAAUUGGCUAGGAGAGUCAUAUCACUAAUUCAACUACAUUUGUAUUUAUUUAUUCCAACUAUUGAAAUGGGAGAAUCGAUGUGCCGUGUAAGCUUGUUUUCUAAUCUCCAAUAUGUGAAAUGGAUGCCACUUUGCCAAAUUCUAAAUGAUAAAGCUUUCAGAUUUUUCAACUCUCUGCAAAAUGUGUUAUGGAGCAGAACAACACAUAUUCUUGAAAACAUUUUUUUUACUUUCCUGAAAAAGUGAUUUAUGUGGUGUGUAAUAUGUCUUUGAUUUGUUGUUAUUGCUGUAGGUAGUUUGUUGCAUCAUUAGCAGACAAUUUCAAAUUGACUCUAGGCAUGCUGUCGGUGUCCACUGUAAUAUGGCAAUGCUGGAGAUAAGGUGUACAACAAAUGUGUAUCCCCUUGUGUAAUCACUUUAAAAAAGGAAAUGAAGACAGAAUGCAUUAAGAAGAUCUAAAUUUUAUUGAUGUCUUGUGGUUGGAGUAAAUAUAAUGGAGCAUUGUAAUGGAAACAUUUUCCAGCUUGAAGUGAAUGUUUUUUGUGAAUCAGCCGAAUACGGUAACUAGGAGAAUUUUAAACAGUAAAAGGGAAAUCUCAAAAUCUUUGCCUAGAUAUAUGUGACAGCCGGACAGCUGAUGUCUGGACUACUCCACUAUAUGGAGAUUGUAUAACACAAUAAAUGCUAGAUUACUGAGUUUGUUACACUGUCAUGCUGAACUUUGCCAUUCUCAUGCAGUCCAUUGUCAUAAACAGAAAAAAAUGGAAUGUCCACAUCUUGAUGAAGUAAGGGGAGUGGCUAGAGAGGCGAUUGCUCAUCAUGGCUGUAACAGGUUCUGGCUGGUGGCAGAUAUGGAAACCGAUAACAGCUCAGAACUGUGUAGCUUCAAACAAUACUUAUGUAUAUAAACUUAUGUUUCAAUGACUUAGGCAGACCCACCUUCAUCAGAUAGAUGACCAGUCAAGUGUAUACAUGUGCUCUAGUUUAUGUGUUAACAUAUCAGACAGUUGAAUUGGUAAGCUUAUUUGGUUCCCAAUUGUUAAGUACACUGCUUGGUCGUAGCUUUAUGUGUGUGGGAGUCUAUGGGCCCCCCUUAGUGUAUACAUCGGGUGAAGAUGACGGAGUACGUAAUUAUGAUACUUAAGUUGUCAAAACGUCACAUAAACAUUUUCACUGGUUGUGCUAUAUGAACUAACAUCACUAGUUGUAAUGAAGGACAUUAUUUUUUUCUAUACAAAAUAUUCACAUUUGCCACUUUUAAAUUAAGAGCUAUAUAUUGCAUGUUCCUUGGGACACUAGCAUUUUCUUCAACCACUUAACUUUAAAAUCUGCAAGACUGCCAAGAAUAUGAUUGAAUAAAUCGAAGCAGUUCUGGCCUACCAGUAAACAGUUCUAGCGGUGUUCAUACCCAUACCAAAUUAUUUCUCAAAGUUAUAGCUUACACUAGUUGUCUUACAUUUUAUGUUCAUUUGAUGAUAUGUAAUAAAUACUAUUUAAACUUU